CUUAUGCUAAAGGUCACCGUGCUGCAUCGGUGCGUUGUCCAAUAACUAUUAGCUUAUAUUACCUUACUAUAAUUAGUCUUUAUCCGGAUAUGCGUCGUUGUAAAAGUUGAUUCACGGAUAAUGAACAAUUCAUAAUGUCGCAAAUUGCAACCAAUUUAACGUGUGCUGACGUUUUUUGUUUGUUUGCUUGUUUAUGCUUAAGGCACAGGAGGUGUCUCAUUGAGGUGUUCAAUGAAAAAACACGUUCACUCGUGCUCGUAUUUCAACGUGUACUAGUUUUUAUGCUCCUCCCCUAAAGACCAGAAAACAGGGUAAACAGUUUGGGUAAUGUGGGCCUAGGCUUACAGCUGUGUUCAACAAGUUAUCUUCGGCGAUGCACACGUGUAAUAUCGUGUGGGCCUUCAUAUCUCUGCAAGCAAGCUGUUACAACGCUUGUGUUAGAACUAACAGUGCGUGCAGCGCACGAGUUCUGUUAUGGUGAACGUUAAGGAGACAUAGCGGACGACACGUUGAGCUGGAAAAAUGAGUAAAAUUAUACCAUUCAAUUAUUGUGGUUUAUUUAUAUUUUUUUGCUUUCAAAAUGAUUUCUUCGCGAAAAGUGACCGAAAUUUGCAGACAAAAGUGUCCCUGUUGCUUAAUGCUGAGCCUGAAGACCCAAAAUGCUUUGCCCAAGGGAAGUACGAUCUAACCUGCUUCUGGGAGGAUAACACCACUCCUGAAGAGUACACCUUUGAAUACACAUAUCAAAAUGAGAAGAGCAUGGGAUGUCCUGUGAGUGCCCAGCCAGUAGGGGGCGACAAGACACGCUACUUCUGUACGCUGCCCAAGGUCAUGCAUUUUUUGCCUUUGGAUCUCCGCGUGUUCCAGGCCGGAAAGCAGAUCUACAACCGCAGCAUAUUCAUUGACCGCGUGUUUCUGCUGGAUCCUCCUGCCAAUUUGACGAUGACGAGGACAGGGAAGCCGGGUCAGAUGAAGCUGGCCUGGCUGCCUCCUCCUCUUAAGUACAGGGAUGACAGCAUGAUAUAUGAAGUCAACUACUUUGCCGGCAGCAGACAGAUGAGCAAGUGGGAACUGGUGCAAGCCCAUACAGAGACUAUUCUGCGCGGCCUGCAACCUGGCACGAGAUACGAGGCACGGGUUCGAGUCAAGUUUGAUGGCAUCACCUACGAUGGAUAUUGGAGUGCCUGGACACCCACUGUCUCCAUGGAGACGCCCCACAGGGACACAGACCCGCUCAUUCUGUCACUGUGCCUGGUCAUCUCCUUCAUCGUAAUGGUGCUGUGUCUCUCCAUGCUCCUCUCCCGUCGCAGGUUUCUGCUGAAGAAAAUGUGGCCUCUUAUUCCGAGUCCUGAAGGCAAGUUUCCCGAUCUCUUCACCGUGUAUGGAGGCGACUUCCAGGCUUGGCUGGUCCACAGCACCGGAGGCUUGGGGCGGGGACCAGCACUGUUUUACCUGGAGGAGCUCCCCGCCCCACUGGAGGUGCUGUCAGAGGCCAGUCUUGGGUCAGCUGUGCCCUCCUGGGCUUUACGCACCCAGGGGGUGGACAGUGAAGAAGAGGAGGAAGGAGCCAGGAGGAAGGAUGCUGGGUUGCCAUCCCGCUGGAAGGAGAAACCCCAAGAACAGUGGCAGUUUGAGCAGCUGCUGCCUCUCCCCCAGCACCCUCUCUCUCCCUUCGAAUGCGCCCCGCUGGAGUCCAAGGACGCCUACGUGACCCUGAACCAGGACUCUCAGGGGCCCAUGGACGACGUUUCGGAGGAAUCUCUGCCCCUGCAGAUGCUCUUUUCCAGCCCUGGGACCCUCACAUCCCAGUCAGACCUGGGCUCUCUCAGAAACAGCUCAGGAACGGGCAGGCUGUCCUCUCAAUCCAGCUUUGAGGACUCCCGCAACACCUGGCAACCCAAGGGUCCCUGCUACACUUACCUGACCAUAGCAGACUCGGGCAUCUACAUGGACUACAGCCCAAUGAGUGCGGGCAGGACAGCGGAGGCUGGGACAGGGGGCGUCUACGCCAAUGAGUACGAGAAUGAAAUCCCCCCUCACAAGUUGCCUCACACUGGACAACCCGUUCACUCAGAGUGCUGACAAUUGGAGACUUGCAGGCACAUAAACGCACAGCCAGGUUCACAAGCCAGUCAAUCAAUCGGUAUGUCGCUUAGCUCUGUCUCACAGUGCUUUUUUCCAAACUGAAUCAGAAACCAGAAAGAAUCUGACACCCUGACCAAGAUAUGACACCCUGACCGUUUACCCUCCUGAGGCCCAGGAGAAACAAAAUAUAGUAUUUCACCAUUUAUUGACAUAAUGGUGAAAAAAACAUGUUGCAGUCAAAAUAUUUUCUAAAAAAUAUUUGAUUUAAUUUGAAUUGAAUGUCCCUUAUGUUAAGACAAAUACUGUAUAGAGCUCAGGGAAACCAAAAUGCAAUGUCAUUUCAGUAGGCAGGGUCUCAGGAGAUUAAAUGAGUUCCACCCUGUUCCAGGAGGGGAAAGAGCAACACAUUCAGACACAAAGCAGAGGCAGAAGUAGGCCGACAUGUUUAAAGGACGCUGUCCUGACAAUCAAAGAGCCAAAUGAAGCUCUGUUCGUUCAGAAUGGGCCAGUUCGACUUGUGAUGUUGAGAGACUGUGGGGUUAUUUUAUCCAGAAUUCUUCUCAUCAAACACAUCUUGUAGACUGAUAGACUGCCAAUCUUGGUAGUUUUGAUAGAUAAAGCACUAGCUGGCAAUGCAAGACCGUGUAUCCAGCAUCCUGGAUAAUGCACGUCAUCUUGAAACUGGCGGCUAUUAUUGGUAACAAUGGCAGACAUCAAUUUGUUUUGUUAAUACCUUGUCUCUAAAUUUGUACAUUGCAUCAUUUUAUGUCCAUGUUAAUAUAGAGUAUGUUCACAUUAUGUUCUUGUUUUAUUUGCUAACAUGAGGGCUAUUGAUCUUUAGAUAAAAACAUCCUCUAAUUGUGGGAGUCUGUAUUGAUAAUGCAUAUGUACGUUCCUGUAAUGCACACUACUCCGAUCAAAUAGCAGUUUUUAGCUGUUUAAAUUCACCAGUUUUAGCUGUUUUUCUUUUUGUAACUAUAACCUGUCAGCCUGUCAAGGUAUAUGUAUAGUAUUGUGUUUUUGUAUGCUAAAUAGAAUAGUAGAUUGAUAAAAGCUAACUCUAUCACAGAUUAGGGGGUAUUGCAAAAUUAUUAAGACAAUCCAUGUAUUCUGUGUAACUAUGAAAUAACUUCAAAUGCUGUACUUCACUUCAUUUGUUUUUAAUUGAGGAUUUAACUUAAUUGUCGGCAACCCAAAAAAUAUACCCCAAGAAAUAUAAUUUUUGUUGUGAAAUAUGCCUUAAAAUCUCAUGCGCCUUAAAACCACUCCUGAUCUUCCACUCUUCCACUAUUAUUCUUGAAUAUUAUACUGACAUUCUUCCUUGUUAAGAAGUCAUAUAUUAAUUAUUUAUUACUGUGAUAAUCCUGUUUUAUUGCUGAGGCUAUAUUUGUAAAUAAUUUCUGUAAAUGACAUCUUAUUGUGUUUUUAGAAACUGACGAUUAAAAGAUAAAAUAAAACACAAA